CCAGAGAAAAAAUCAAGGAAUAACGGCCUGAAACCAAGCAACCUCCAAAAGAAAACAAACCCUAAAACAAAGAACCCGAACCAACGAGUACCAGGUCCAAAACCAGAAACCCUAAUCGCCAAGUUCACCUAAAACCGACCGAACAGCCCCUGACCAGAUCCGAACCAGCCUCUGAUCAGAUCUGAACCAGCCCCUUAACCGCGGCAGCAAAACAGCAGCAAAACGAUCCUGAACAGCCUUCUUCCUGCGAUUGAUCCUGUGUAACCGUGUGUUUAACCGAACCAAGGCUCUGAUACCACUUGACGUAGUUAAGCUAAAUAUAGGUAUAUGAUCGAUAUGCACUAGUGUACCUUUUUUCCUACUCCAUUCCAUCCCUAUAUAUGUAAGCCAUGACUCCAUUCGAUCCCUCAGCUCCUCGGUACAAUUAUAUCAUUUGAUAGUGAAUAUAACUCCAUUCGAUCCCUAUAUCCUCCGUACAGUUAUAUUAUUUGAUAGUGAUAAUUAAGAUACAAAUAUUAUGUAUCCAUUAUCUAGUAUUGUGUUUUGCUUUGUGGUAUUACUCACCCUGUUGGGCGGAGGUACUUCUCAGCUGGGAUAUCGUUGUGGUGAUUCGCUUGUUCAUCACAACGAAAACAAUAUAAAGAUCGUUUUGGAUGAUCUGGUGUCGAACGCCACCCGCCCAGGUGGAUUUUACAAAACAAAGGCAGGAAGUGGAGGGUCCAAUACGGUAUACGGGCGCUUCAUUUGCAGGGGCGACAUCUCUCUAGCUGACUGCCAGUCGUGCAUAGAAGAUGCCGCAAAAGAAGUAUUGGUGUUGUGCCCGCUUGCAGAGAAGGCGGCGGGCCGUAUCUUCUAUCGCCAGUGUACGCUAGAUUAUUCUAGCAACCCCAUGUUCGGAAUUGAGGACAUAUACACAGCGCCGGUGGUUUCAUGCGAUUCGCAGAUCAGUUCGGAGCCGCAAAGGUUUAUGGGUUUGUUAAAAAACGCCCUAAACCGGAUGGCAGAUGCGGUGGCGGCGACCUCCGGAAAAUUUGCUACACUGGAGGCUAAUGUCUCCUCUGCCUCAAAGACCAUGUAUUUGCUUGGGCAAUGCACCCCCGAUCUCUCCAAAUCGGAAUGUGGGAGCUGCUUGGAGGCGGGUAUCCGCUUUGUGCCGCAACUUUGUUACUCUACAUUGGGUGCUGAAAUCAUAUUGGCUAGCUGCCAUAUCAAAUAUGACAUGUACCCUCUGAGUAAAAUCUUGCCCUCUCCUCCUGCUCCUAUCCGCCGCCCUCCCGUUAAAGGUAAUUAGUCCGGACCCCCACACAAUUGCAUGUUCUUCAAGUGUUUCUUCGAUCAAGUACGUGUUUCUUUGUUUCAAGUGUUCUUCAAGUGUUUCUUUGUUUCAAUUUUUUUCUAAUUUCAUAUAAUCAUAUAUUAAUUAUAGGUAGCUAGCUAGCUAGUAUAGGUCGUGUUUUAGCCCCCCCUCCCCGUAUUUUUUGUCUUUUUCUUCUUUUCGAAGAAACCUUUGUCUAGUUU